CGCUGCAGAUCCCGUAAGACGGGAGGCUGCGGAGUCGCUGCAGUCCCCGCCGCCGCCACAUUCAACAGGCAGUAGCGCCGCUGUCGCGCGGCCGCGGGGGAGAGAGAGCGGCCCGCGGCGUCCGCCCGUCUGCCCUUGCGUCCGCGGCCCUGUCAUCAGGAGCGUGGUGCCCGAGCUGCCGGGCUCCGCGGCCUGGUCCUUGCCCCGUCCGAGGCACGAACUCGGAGGAUCCCAGACACCGGUGACCCAGCGAAGUUAAGUUCUGGGCGCGUCCGUCCGCUGCGCCGCGCCUCGCUCCGGCGUGCGUCCGCCGUCCGCGGCCCCCAAUCUCGGAGCGACACUCCGACCGCCCGCUCCGCGCCCCCGGUGGCCGCGUCUCCUGGUACUCUCUGCUGGUGGGGGAGGGGCGGGGGGCACCAUGGCCGAAGCGCCUCAGGUGGUGGAGACCGACCCGGACUUCGAGCCGCUGCCUCGGCAGCGCUCCUGCACCUGGCCGCUGCCCAGGCCGGAGUUUAACCAGUCCAACUCGACCACCUCCAGCCCGGCGCCGUCGGGCAGCACGGCCGCCAACCCCGACGCCACGGCGAGCCUGGCCUCGGCGUCCGCUGUCAGCACCGACUUUAUGAGCAACCUGAGCCUGCUAGAAGAGAGCGAGGACUUCGCGCGGGCACCGGGUUGCGUGGCCGUGGCGGCCGCAGCUGCCGCCAGUAGGGGCCUGUGCGGGGACUUCCAGGGCCCCGAGGCGGGCUGCGUGCACUCGGCGCCGCCGCAGCCCCCACCGACCGGGCCGCUGUCGCAGCCCCCACCGGUGCCUCCAGCCGCCGCGGGGCCACUCGCUGGGCAGCCGCGCAAGACCAGUUCGUCGCGCCGCAACGCGUGGGGCAACCUGUCGUACGCCGACCUCAUCACCAAGGCCAUCGAGAGCUCGGCCGAGAAGAGGCUCACCCUGUCGCAGAUCUACGAGUGGAUGGUGAAGAGUGUGCCCUACUUCAAGGAUAAGGGCGACAGCAACAGCUCGGCGGGCUGGAAGAAUUCAAUUCGCCACAAUCUGUCCCUACACAGCAAGUUUAUUCGAGUACAGAAUGAAGGAACUGGAAAAAGUUCUUGGUGGAUGCUCAAUCCAGAGGGAGGCAAGAGUGGGAAAUCACCCCGGAGAAGAGCUGCAUCCAUGGACAACAACAGUAAAUUUGCUAAGAGCCGAGGACGGGCUGCUAAGAAAAAAGCGUCUCUCCAGUCCGGGCAAGAGGGUCCUGGAGAUAGCCCUGGGUCUCAGUUUUCUAAAUGGCCUGCAAGCCCUGGGUCCCACAGCAAUGAUGACUUUGAUAACUGGAGUACAUUUCGUCCUCGAACCAGCUCAAAUGCUAGCACCAUCAGUGGGAGACUUUCUCCCAUCAUGACAGAACAGGAUGACCUGGGAGAUGGGGAUGUGCAUUCCCUGGUGUAUCCACCCUCUGCUGCCAAGAUGGCGUCUACACUGCCCAGUCUGUCUGAAAUCAGCAAUCCAGAAAACAUGGAGAACCUUCUGGAUAACCUCAAUCUUCUCUCGUCCCCAACAUCUUUAACUGUGUCAACCCAGUCCUCGCCUGGCAGCAUGAUGCAGCAGACACCUUGCUAUUCGUUUGCACCGCCAAACACCAGUCUAAAUUCCCCCAGCCCCAACUACGCAAAGUACACGUACGGCCAAUCCAGCAUGAGCCCUGUGCCCCAGAUGCCUAUGCAGACACUUCAGGACAGCAAAUCAAGUUAUGGAGGAUUGAACCAGUAUAACUGUGCCCCAGGACUCUUGAAAGAGUUGCUGACUUCUGACUCUCCUCCCCACAAUGAUAUUAUGUCACCAGUUGAUCCUGGAGUGGCUCAACCCAACAGUCGGGUCCUGGGCCAAAAUGUACUGAUGGGCCCUAACUCAGUCAUGCCAGCCUAUGGCAGCCAGGCACCUCAUAACAAAAUGAUGAACCCCAGUUCCCACACCCACCCUGGACAUGCACAGCAAACUUCUUCAGUCAAUGGCCGUGCCCUGCCCCAUGUGGUGAACACCAUGCCUCACACAUCUGCCAUGAACCGCUUGACCCCAGUGAAGACACCUUUACAAGUGCCUCUGUCCCACCCCAUGCAGAUGAGUGCCCUGGGCAGCUACUCCUCUGUGAGCAGCUGCAAUGGCUAUGGUAGGAUGGGUGUCCUCCACCAGGAGAAGCUCCCAAGUGACUUGGAUGGCAUGUUUAUUGAGCGCUUGGACUGUGACAUGGAGUCCAUCAUUCGGAACGACCUCAUGGACGGAGAUACCUUGGAUUUUAACUUUGAUAAUGUGUUGCCCAACCAAAGCUUCCCACACAGUGUCAAGACUACAACACACAGCUGGGUGUCAGGCUAGGAGUUAGCGAGCAGGUGAGUCUAUUCACUCCAGUAUCAAAGCCCUGUGAGAAAGGGACACAGUACCAUGUGUCUUCAUGUUUAAACAUUUAAGGAAGAAAACCCAACAAUUAAAAAACCCCAGUUAAAGACAG